GUGCACCACAUGAACAGGCCUUUCGGCCUACAGUUCCUGUGCCAGAAAUGAUGCCAAGUUAAACCAAUCUCCUCUGUUUGUACAUGAUAUUCGUUGGAGCACAGGAGGCUGAGGGGUGAUCCUAUAGAGGUGCAUAAAAUCAUGAGGUGAAUAGAUAGGGUGAAUGCAGCGCUAUGGCGAGAGGAGCAAGAUUUAAUAGGAACCUGAGAGGCAGCUUAGUCACUUAGAGAGUGGGUAUGUGGAACGAGCUGCCAGAGGAGGGAGUUGUGGCAGAACAGCAUUUAAAUGAGACUUGAAUGGGUACAUGGAUAGGAAAGGUUUGGAGGGAUAUUGGCAAAAGGGACUGGCUGAGAUGGUGCAUCCAAGUUGAGCUUCUUCAAUGGCAAUUUAGUCUCUGCCUCCACCACCACCCCUGGCCGUACAUUCCAGGCACUCACCACCCUCUGUUAAAGAACUAGCCCCACACAUCUCCUUAAAUGUUGCCCUCUCAUUCCUAAAUCCAUGCCAUCUAGAUGUUUUGAUGUUUCCUCUCUGGGAGAAAGGUUCUGACUGUCUAUAAAACUGACUAUAAAACUCUGGUCCGACCGUGUGAAAGAGACAUUGUUGUUAUGGAUGAAGAAUGAGUGGAAACAAGAUGGGUGUAACUAGGGCUGGACCACUGAGGAAACACAACAGCUGAAACCCCUUCUUCCAUUUGUUCCCCAGAUCUCAUUUUAUGCUCCUUGGAAUUGUAACACCAGUACUACAGUUUGCUCUGCCAUUGUCUCAGCUUCCAAAUAUGCCGAUUAUGUACAUGUGACCUCGUUUGACGUGCAGAAGCAUAUGUGGACGGAUUGCUUUGCAAAGGCAGAUGCUCCCUAUCACAAGACCCUGACAGGAAUCUCCAGUUAUAUCAAAAAGGGCCUUCAUUCCAAGAAGAUAAUAUUGACUGUUCCAUGGUUCGGUUAUGAUUAUAUUUGCAAUCGCUUUAUUGAGGCAGGUAGAUGUGAAUUACAAAAGAUAGCUUUUGAAGGAGCGCCCUGCAGUAAUAUCGAUGUACCCAGGAUCUCGUACAGAGAAAUCAUGGAACUUUUGCCCAAGUCAAUCUCCGGCAGGAUUUGGGAUGACGACCUGAAAGCCCCAUUUUUUGUCUACAAGAAAGAUAAUGUGUUCCACGAGGUCUGGUACGACGAUCCAGAGAGCAUUUCCUGGAGGACGACUUUCUUGAAGAAGUUCAAGCUGGGAGGCAUUGCCAUUUGGAAUGCAGAGCUUGUGGACUAUAGUUCUGAUCCUAUUGCUGCGAUGAAAACUGAAGAGAUGUGGAACGCUCUCUGCCCUCCCUGAGAGAAACGCCAAGCUUACGGUCAUUUCAUUGUCAUCAAAUGUGACCAUUACACUUUGCAAUUAAACCUGGCUUUGAGUGAGCUAACACGGAACACACACACAAUUAAAAUAUUCAUGCCGAUCUGGAGAUUAAUGCUUUGUCUAAAGAAGGAAUUAUUUUCCACUGAAUAAAAACAAUAUAACUACAUAACUCAUCUCUUCCCAACCAAACUCCCUCCUCCCCAGGUACCUUUCCCUGAAAAUGUAGAAGAUGCAACACCUGUCGCUAUACCUCCUCCCUCGACUCUGUUCAGAGACCCUGACAGACCUUUCAGGUUAGGCAGAGCUUCACGUGCAUCUCCUCUGACCUCAUCUACUGCAUCCGUUGUUCAAGAUGUGGACUCUUAUACAUUGGCGAGACUGAACGCAGACUGGGCAAUCGUUUUGCUGAACACCUUCGCUCAGCUCGCGUGAACCCAUUUGAUCUCCCGGUUGCUGGACACUUUGAUUCACCUUCCCAUUCUUAUCUUUCUGUCCUCAGUCUCCUCCAUUGUCAGAGUGAGGCUACACACAAAUUGGCGGAACAGCACCUCAUAUUUCGUUUGAGUAGCUUACAGCCCAGAGGUAUAAAAAUUGAUUUAUCUCACUUCAAGUAGUCCUGACAUUCCCUCUCUCUAUCCCUCCCCCACCGAAGCAGCAACAUUUCUAGUGUUCACCCAUAACAAAGAGGUAAAAAAGGCCUGUUUAUUGUAUCAUCGUUAUUUUUUUGCAUAUCUUUCAUUCAUUGUUCUUUAUCUCUCGACAUCAUCGAAUAUAUUUGUUGUUUCCCUUAUCCGUAACCAGUCUGUAGAAGGGUCUCGACCUGAAAAGUUACCAAUUCCUUCUCGCCAGAGAUGCUGCCUGUCCCGCUGAGUUGCCCCUGCUUUUUGUUUCUAUCUUCUAUUUAACUUUAGUUUAGUUUAGUUUAUUAUUGUCGUGUGUACGGAGAAACAGUGAAAAGCUGUUUGUUUCAUACUAUCCAGUCAGUGAAAAGACUACACAUGAUUACAAUCAACCAGUUCACAUUAUACACUCACAAGAUAAAGGGUACAAUGAUUAGUGCAAGAUAAAGUCCAAUUAAAGUUAUUUCAAAUGUCUCCAAUGACAUGGAUGGGAGGUUAGGAUCACGCUACAGUUGGUGAUAGGGUGGUUCAGUUGCCUGAUAACAGCUGGGAAGAAAUUGUGUGGGAAGGAACUGCAGGUGCUAGCUUAAACCAAUGAUAGACACAAAAUGCUGGAGUAACUCAGCGGGACAGGCAGCAUCCCUGAAGAGAAGGAAUGGAUGACGUUUUAGGUCGAGACCCUUCUUCAGGCAAAGUCACAAGAAAGGGAAACGAGAAAUAUAGACGAUGAUGUAGAGAGAUACCUUCGGCCCAACCUGUUCAUGCCGAAUAAUACACCCCACCGACUUCCUGGCCUACUUGGCCUCCCCCUGCAGCUGGGCAGAAUUUCUCAGUGUUUAAGUUCUGAAGCUAAUCAGAUUCAAAGAUAGCAAUCUGAAAUAAAAAGAGAUAAUGAUUUAAAAACUCUGUUCUGAUGAAGUGUUUCUGAUCUAACCAUAUAACCAUAUAACAA